AUGCAAGAAAUUGUAGCUGAUUUUAUUAUUGUUGGUGGAGGUACAGCUGGAUGUGUUAUAUCUGCGAGAUUAGCUGAAUAUGGUUUUGAAACUCUACUAUUGUCCAGUGGUUCAAAUGAUACAUUAAACUCAAUGAUGAGAGAAAAAUCUUUAUUUAAUCAAUUAUUUCUUAAUCCACAGUUUAAACAUUAUCUUCCUGCAAGUUCAUCAGCAAAUCUUAAUGAUCGAAUUUUAGAUAUUAUAGUAUGGAAUACUCUUGGGGGAAACAGUAUUAAUGGUGGUGGAAUAGAACGACUAAUGGCAAAUGAUUGGAAUUAUUUUAUUAAUGCUACUGGUGAUCAAUCAUUUCAUAUAAACACUAUGUCAAAAUUUUAUAAAAUGGUUGAAAACUUUACAUCAACUAAACCUUUUUCAAUCUUAAAUAAUUAUGGUAAUCAUGGUUUUCUUAAAAUAACUCAAGUUUAUGAUCCUAUAUUCAAUAAAAUAUGGAAAAAAGUUGCUAAAGAAUUAAAUGAAACAUUUACUGAUACUUUAGCAAAUACAAUUGAUUAUGGCUUUUCAUUUGAGGCAUCUUCAUUUACAAAUGGAAUAAGAAGUUGGAGUUGUAAUAAUUAUUUAACAUCUACUUUAAAUAAAUAUCCAAAUCUUAAAGUAUUAACAGGUGCUACUGCAAUCAAAUUCAAUAUGAAUGAACAAACUAAACAAAUAAAAAAUGUUUUAUUUAUCUCAAAAGAUGGAUUAUUUACUGGUAUUGCAAGAAAAGAAUAUAUUUUAUCUGCUGGUACAAUCUUUAGUCCACAUCUUCUAAUGUUAUCUGGUAUUGGUGAUAGAAAUAUUCUUCGAGAAAAUAAUAUACUAGUAAAACAUGAAUUAAAACAAGUAGGAAAAAAUCUAAUAGAAAAUGGAAUGAUAAUUAUUAAAUAUCAAACACAAAAUUUUUCCAUUGGUCAAUCAAUACCAGUUGCUUUGAUUAAUACUCAAUUACGUACAAAUCAUAGCAAUCCUGAUACAUUUAUUAUUUUAAAACAAGAUAAUAAUACAAUGCAUUUAUAUGUAUUUAUAUUUAAUACUUCACCGAAAUCAACGGUUGGUUUUAUAUCAUUAUAUAAUUCUAAUCCAUUGAUACCACCAAAAAUAAUUUUAGAUUAUUUAACAGAUUCUAAGGAUAUUCAAACAUUUAUUAAUGCUAUUAAUUAUGUUCGUAAAAUUAUGUCAACAAAUACAAUUAAACAAUAUGCUAAUUUAACUGAAAGUUUACCAGGAUUAGAACAAACAGAUUUAACAGCGUAUAUUAAGAAUACAUUAGUUCCAAGCUAUCAUUUUAUUGGUACAUGUUCAAUAGGUCAAAAUGCAGAAAAUUCAGUGGUUGAUAAUCUGUUUAAAGUUCAUGGAAUAAGCAAUCUUCGAAUAGUUGAUGCGUCUAUAUUUCCAAGAAAGUUUUCUACAAAAACUGGUCCUUUUUUAACAGUUCACGCUUUAGCAGAAAAAGCAGCAGAUAUUUUACAAAAAAUAUAUUCAUAA